AUGCCGGUGGCGUUAACUUGGAGCAUCAAGAGUUCACUGGUUUCGUAAACAAACUUACUUCAAUGCCAUAGUGCUUCAGGCCAUCCCACGGAGAUUCGUACUGUGUAUCCUUGUGUAUUCUUCAGGAGAUUACUGUGUAGCCUCUAGCUCUUCUUUUGUCUCUUAAAAGCUGGCGGCGCGUACGCGACGUUGUCACCAUUGUGACACUACUUGGGACCGUGACCUGCGUGAUUCUGCCUAGUUCAACUUGACCCACGCCACUUCGCAGUCUUGAAAACAAGACUUUCCCUUCGAUUUCUCCUUAUGGCGGAACCCGUCGGUAUGUUUUUCGACCUUCCAGGUGGUAGAAGGGAGUAUCGACCUUGGCUUGGAACGAUCUUCACAACACCAACUGCCGUGGCGAGCACACUGAGCAAGUUCCAUCAAGAAGAUAACGUCGAGGACAAGUUUGCAUUCGCGGAUGAUCUGCAUUUCUUCCUUUUCUAUAAUCAUCUUCGGCCGUACUUCGAUUCGUUUCUAACCAGCGGCCUGUCCGAUGUUCUGGUGAAUAUUCUAUGUGAUCCUCGGUCAUAUGUGAGCCAUGGCACCCGCGUGUAUCCGGCGCAGGAAUUCGUUGGUUCAAUUCUAUUUUCGUUGGAUGUGAUCGCCACGAGCUUCAUUGAACGUGCCGAAUCGGGCCAAGAUGUAGACCUUAUACGUCGAAGGCUUGAACAUAUCUGCAAUUCGUGGCCAGCUCUCUGGAAAAUGCGGGAUUUCCUCUGGAAUCCUGAUAACCGUUUUCGAGCUCAUGGAGAGGUACGGUCGGAUACUCUGGAGGCUCGCCUUACGCGCUAUAUAAUACAUGUUUCAUUUGUGACGAACCUGGUGUACAGGGAGUUGCAUAAAGCUGGACACUAUGCUCACAUUGUUUUAUAUGCCUGGGUUCACGCCAAAGAUGAUCUUGCAUCCGAACAAUGUGGCAAAGCGGCCGCUCACCUCAUAGGCCGUGACCCUGACGGGUUGAAAAUCAUACGAGAGGCGAUCGUGGAUACUAAUUGCGUACCACAACUAACGAACGCAAUACAAGAAGCUUUGCUCUCCCCCCGAAUCAUUAACUUGACUCUUCGCGACUUAUUUUAUUUUCUUAUCCCUGCCAAUCUUUGUUGUAGCAGCCUCAUACAUGAGCGUGCACAAUCAACAGACACGAUGGCUCUCCUCGAAGCUUCUUGCCUAGCCUGCCAACGCCAGCUGUGUCAAGGGAUGCCGGAACUGGACUAUGAUAUUUUAGUCCCUGGCUUCAUAGAAAUAGGUUCACUGCUUCAGAGCCCCUCGAGUCCACAUGCUGAAGCUGUCAUGCGCAAGGUCAAAAAACUUAAAGUUCUCCCCAUGCUUGCUUCUAUAUUUCCUCGCGCUAUGGCCAGGAACAACAAGAACUGUCUAGAUGCAAUGUGUUACCCACUGGAGGCUUACGGUACUACAGGCCAACUUUUCAUACGACGAGAUCCAGACUCUCAGUUCAUUAAGGACCUGACCUCCAUUGCUCGCACGAUCUGGUUUCCAACCCUGAAAGAAAUUCGUGCUCUCCAUGUGCUUCCAGCUUCGCCUCUAUACGAAUAUUUAGAGGUAUGGUUGAACUUCGGUAAGAGGCUUGGGUUCAAAGAGUCAACGGAAGCCAGGCUAUAUGGAAGUUAUAUGAGUUCACGCCCGCCCGAGAACCACUUGCAUCGGCGAUGUAAUUGGGAGAACUGUCUUUGUAAGGAACCUGGAUUAUUCAAACACUCGUGGCACGUUUGUAAGGGUUGUUGGGUUGUCUCCUACUGCAGUCGGCGUUGUCAGAAGCGUGAUUGGGAAGAUGGCGAUCAUAGGAGCAAAUGUCGUGGUCGUCGUUGAAUUGAAUCUUGGCUACGACUGGGAUGCAACUUUUGAUCGUAGCUUUGUUUCACUGUUAUGUUAUACCGCCAUAUUAUACUAGGUAUUCGAGGAUCCACAGCCUCAAGAGAGUGGUCACCGUGAUGCCUUGAAAGUAGAUAGUGAAUAUUCGUGUAAGAUCGACUUUGUCCUCUCACUGCGGUACGUGUUUCAUAACUCUAUGCGCUGCAUGAUUGCCUUUUUCCCCUUCCUCCGUAAAUCUCCCCGUAUAGCGUCUGAACUGUGACCGCGGAAUUUGACACGAGGGACUCCUCAUAACAAAGUUACACCCUGGGG